CCGACCCCUCCGUCCUCUCAGCAGCCCCUGCCUAGUGACCUCUGACCUAUCCCAUUGUAACUUCACCACCUGUGCUCCAGAUCUUUCUUAUUCCUAAACCCCAUAGCAGCCCCACCCCAGCCCCGCUCCUGCUUCCAAAACAAACAAAGAGAUGCUGCUGAUGCCCACCGGUCCCUCCUCGCACGCCCUGGUUCGCUCUCCUGGUUAGCCAUCCCUGCCCGCCUCCCAGCUCCUGGGCCUGGCUCAGCUCCUUCUGCCCCUCUUCUGGAACAAGCAUUUGCUUCCUCCGUGGCUCCUGCCUCUGACCUGUGCUGCUCCAGGCCACUGCCCACAGGGGCCUGAGAUAUCCUUGACCCUGAUCCAUCCUGGCCCUUCGGUUAUCUCCUGUGUUUCUAUUUCCACAGCAUGCUUCCUGAACUUCGCUGAGCUCCAGGCCAGCCCCGGACCACCUGUUCCUUUAUUUACUUAGCUUCUUCUUUAAAGCGACACUCUUUCCUUGCUUGAAAAACAAACAAACAAACAAAAAAUUGCUGUCCCCAUCAGGAAAGAAAAGCGGGGCCCAGCGGACUUACUAGCUUUCCCCAGGGCCUGCCCACCCCUUCUUGCUUCACCUGAGAUCCCUGGUUUUUAGAUGAGCGGAUGGCUGCCCGGAAUCCAGGCUGCUUCCUAACCUCCCUUGCAGCCGGGCGUGGCCACUUGAGAAGAAGUGCCUUCCUAGAAGUGUCCUUCACGGGAGGGAGAUGGGCACUUCAGCAUCUCCUGCCUUCCUUUGGCUGGAACGCUGGCAGGUAUCUUGGACCACGAGGCGUAAAGCAACCAGGCAGAAGGAGCCUCGAUGGCAGAGCCUCUCCCAGCCUGGGAAGGCUUACCUCAGGACCGUAUUCGCGUGACAGAAAUACUCCCUCAUUGAAGUCGCUGUGGUUUCGGGAUUUCAGACCCUUACCACCAACCUACUACGAACGGAAACCACGUAUUACGCGGGAGUCCGUAGACGAUGACGGAAACAAUGAAUGCAGUGAAAAAUUGUAUUUGGAAGCCAUUGAUAGAUUCCGCUGCCCCUCACGGCUCUGCACCAGAGGGCUGCUCUUGUUGUCUUUCAAACAAACAGAGAACAUUAGUCAUCGUUAGCCUGAAUCUCGGUUUGCUCAGGAUUGAUGGGUAAUUGACAGAGGAACCGCUUUCUCACCAUGUGACUCAGGGCCGUUUGGUGCCAAGGCCCCUACCUCACCGCUACCUGCAGUGAUGGGGCGGUGCACACCCGGCCUGGAGCCGCCUCCAUCCCUGUCCCCGAGGCCCCUGCGCUCAGCCACGGAGAGCGGCCCAAGUGGAUCCUGUUCUGUGCGUGAGGCAGGCGGCGGGGAGGACGGGCAGGUGGGAGCAGGUGGAUAUCCAGCUGAGGCUUUGAGCAUGGGUCUGGCUUGUUUUUGUGGGCAUACUGUUUUCACCCCAACCGGCAGCAUCAGCUUUCUCCUCUUGUCCGGGCCUCCUGCCUUCCAAGUCCAAAAAGAUGACACCUGCCCUUUUCCUCGGCCUGGCUUGUCACCGCCGCCUCCCCAGCUGGAUUUCAGGCCAUGAUGCCAACUCCAGCUUCACCGUGUUUUCUGACACAACCCUCCUCUCUGUCCCCAGGACAUGCCAUGCCUUUUCUGCCCCCGAGCCUUUGUCUAUACCUCCCACCGUUCAGCCCAGGCCUGCUCUCUGCACCCCACUCCUCCUCCUUGGUGGAGAGGGCUGGUCUGCAGUGAGAGAAACCUGCUGGCUGACGUGGCUGACGACGGGCAGCAGGACAGGUAGAUGUCCCUCUUCUGAGCCAUCUGGAAGUGAGUCACAGACACGAGGACGCUUCGUCCCCGAGGCCGCCACCACCGCCCUCCGUCACAAGACCAGUGUCACUCGCAAAGCCAGCGGGAGCGCCAGUGCUGCUGGCCUGCAUUCAGGUUCCAGGAACGCCGCCUAUCGCUGGGCCCCGCUCGUUUUGAAAGUCCCAUCAAGCUUGCAGAGUGGCAUUUGGUUACGUCUGCUUGUCUCCAUGGCAGUUCAGGGCGGUGAGUCACUGGGUGGCAGGUGAGGGACAGGGAGGGGUCUGGGUGACGGGCGGGCUCUGGCCUGUACGGCCAGCGGUGCAUCCCCGAGCUGGGGGCUCCCGGAGUGGGUACGGAGCUCGGAGAGGAGUUACCUGGCGGGCAGGUGGGGAUCAGGUGUGAGCUUCCGGAGACAGGCGUGAUGGGAUGCAGGCAGGGGGCUGGGUGAGUGUCCUGGGGCGGCCAUGACAAAUGACUGCACACUGGCUGCCUUAAAACAACAGAAGUUAUGCUCUCAGAGCCCUGGAGACCGGAAGUCCUAAGUCAGGGUGUCCCAGGGCCGUGCUCUCUCAAAGGUUCAGGGGAGAACUCUUCCCGGCUCUCCCGGCUCCUGGCGGUUUUCGGCAGCCAGUGGUGUCCUGAGCUGCUGCUGGUCUCUGCUUCUGCAUGUGGCUCCUUCCUUUGUCCUCCUGGGGCCCUCUGAGAAGGACAAGAGUCAUUGGAUUUAGGGCCUGCCCUCCUCCGGUGUGGCCUCAUCUUAACUUACCUCGUUACAUCUGCAAAGACCCUGCUUCCAAAUAUGCUCACAUGCUGAGGUUCCAGGUGGACAUGGAUUUGGGGGGGAACCCGUUCAACACAGUCCAGGGCCACCAGCUUCUAGACAGUCAUGGGGACCUCAGGAGAGGAAGAUCCUGCCCAGGAAGUACAGACAGAGGAGAGGAGGGCGGGGGCCCUCAGGGGUCACAGUGGGGAGUGGAGUCCUAAAAAGGAACUGGGGGGGUGGUCACCGCUGGGCACGCAGAGGGUGUGGGGUCAGCGGGGUCAAGUGCUGUGACAGCAAGUACACGGGGAGCUGAGCUGGCCUCUGGCUUCGGGAAGAGGCGGUUCUGGGGCUGCUUAGGGGAAACCCAGGCUGCUGGGAUUUGGUUUAUAAACUUCGCAUCCCGGCCAGGGCCCCCAUGGGCCUUUCCGGUGUUGGCUUUUCGGGUGCUGUCCCCUCUCUCCAUAGGACCGGAAGCCCCUCGGGGUUCGGGACACACCCCUCAUUUUGUUCCCUGUGACACUGCCAGCCCCCAGGACAGCGCCCAUGUGUCAGACACUCAGUGCACAUGGGUGGGGUGUUUGGCCUGUCCCAGGUCCCCAGCGUUGGCAAAGGGGCACCUGUUCACCUCACUGCUGACCCCCUUCACUCUGCAUCCCCACCGCGAGGCAGCACGAAUAAGACGCCGGUGGUCUGGCCACGGAGACACGGCGCCUCGUAUCCGACAGGGCGUCCGACUGCUGCCCCUCGUCAUCAAAUGUGCUGGAAUGUCGUCGGCUGCUUUCGGGGGUGGGGGGCUCCCUGGGCCUGGGAGAGGACAGGACGGGCCAGGGGCCUGAGCAGCCGGGGUUGGAAGGGCAGGGGCAGGUCCAGACCGCAGGGCAGCUGCGCUGGCUCUGUCUCCUCCAGCAGGGGAGUCCCUGCCUCCAGACUUUGGUCCGGUUGUCAGCCCCACCUCAGGGAAAGCCCUGGAGGAAACCCCGGCUCACCAGCCCAGGGUGAGGUGUCUGGUUUGUUUUGUUUUGCUUUGUUUUGUUUGUCUCAGUCUUUAUUAGAGGCCUUUGUUACCUUUCUCACCGGUGGCUGGAGCUUGUUAUCCCCAAGCAGGUUGCUGCUUGGCCCGUGGGCGGGAGCCUCAGCGUUCCUCCUUCUCCCACACGGCCCCAGGGCCGAGCUGCCACCCCUGGGCGGGAGGAGCCUGCUGCGGGCUGUGGGAAUAGGGGCCCCCUCCGCUUCCUCGGGGUGCCCCAGAGAAGGGGCUGGUAGGGAGGAACCCCCUUCUCCCUCUUGCAGUUUUCCUUCUCUCAGGCAGAGCCAAUCUGAGCUCCCACCCCCACCAAUCUUUGGGAAGAGGGAGCCCAGGGCAGAGAGGACUUCCGGCCUCAUCUCUCUGCCUGGCCCUUCUUCCCUCACUCUCCUCACCCGACAGAAUCGCACCCUCUGUCCUUCCUUCAGUGUUGCUUCUUCCAGGAAGCCUGCCCGGCUCUCCCGGGGCCUGAGGUGGAGCCCGCCCACCCUGUCAUCGGCCCUGGCCUCCCAGAGCACGGUGGGCUUGAAGGAGCUGAAACCAGAGUGGGCCUGGUCAUCUGCCUACUUCCCUCCCAGGGCCACGCUUACUGCCCUCCCGCCUGAGCCCCCUGGCUUCUCCCUGCCCCACGGGAACCGAGGCCGGUGAGGAGCAGGGCACGGAGCUCCCGUACCGGGGGGAGCAGGAGCGGCCAGCCUGGCCAGGCGGCCUCCGGGAAGAGGUGACGUCAUGGCGUGAGAACUCAGUGACUGAGCGAGGUCAGCCCCAUGAAGAGGCAGGCUGCAGAGUUCUGGGCAGGCGGGGCAGCAAGUGCAACGGCCCUGGGGCAGGAACCAGCUCGGCAGGUCUGAGGCCGCCACAGAGGCCAGGAGGCAUGGAGCUGAGUGAGCUGUGGGUUUUGCUCCAGGUGUGUCCGCCACCAGGGAAGAAUGUGAGCUGUGGGCGGGCUUUCCCAGCGGCAGGGCCUCUCCUGCAGAGGUUGAGGGACAGGUCCCACAGCCUCCCCGCCCCUGCCGCCUUCCCCGUCCUGCAGAGGCUGGCCAGGAACCCACCCAGGAAGCACAAUGAGGAAGCAGGGUCCUGUGCACAGCUCCCUCACCUUCCCGUCCAGAGUCACCACCGUGGUGAGCAGGAGUCUCUGCCGCCUGCAGGGGUGCAGACAGUAUGCAGUGAGAUUAUGGGCUUUGGGCAAACGCAGUGCGGCUGGCCCUCCGGAUGUGGGUGUUUGCCAGGAGUCAGUGACAUUGUAGAAAGGUUAACUUGAAUGACCAAAGAAGCCAAUCUUUUCUCUCUUAUUGAAAGGAUGUGAGUGGCCACAGAAACCAGCUACGGGUCUAAAUGCCACUCUCCCUGCUGGGGUCCCACUCUGAAGACUGACAAGGCAUGCCCACCUCAGCCAGGCACUGCCAGCUAUCCCCUUCUAUAAGAUGGCACUGUGACCUACCCCUGUGUGACCAGUGAGGCUCAGAGACCUUCCCGAGCCACGA